GUGUUCUCUUUAUUAUUAUCCUUUAGCAUAAAUUGAACUUUUUGCUUAUGAUCACAAGCUUUUUGAGAUCAAGAAAGUUCUUGAUUUUGCUAUAGAAUUUUGUGGUCUCUCCAAAAUCAUCACCAUGAAAGUGCCAUUUUCACUACCAUUUUUUAUGCUGCUGGUGUUUGUACUAUCCACUUUAUUUCAAGGCUGCUUCAGUGCAUUUAGUGUUCCGAUAUUAUGGAAAAAGCAGCAGUUAAAAUAUGGUUCCUCUCUUGUUUUCCCUCUCUCUGGAAACGUUUAUCCUAAAGGGUAUUAUCAGGUGACACUUGAGGUUGGCCAACCCCCCAAACCUUACUUCCUCGAUAUAGACACUGGUAGUGACCUAACUUGGUUACAGUGUGAUGCACCUUGUGCAAAAUGCACCCCGGCCCCUCACAGUCUUUACAAACCACAUAAAAAUCUUGUGACAUGUAAGGAUCCUGUAUGCACGGCCCUUCACUGGCCCAAGAACCAUCCUUGUCAUGACCCUAAGGAGCAAUGCGAUUAUGAGGUUGCGUAUGCAGAUCGUGGUUCAUCCUUGGGCGUGCUGGUCAAAGACACAUUUCCACUAAGAUUCACCAAUGGUAGCAUUGUUGUUCCACAUCUAGUAUUUGGUUGCGGUUACAGUCAAGAAGUGCCAGCUUCUACUCAUGCACCUUUUACGGAUGGAAUUCUUGGUCUUGGGGAUGGAGAAUCAAGUAUUGUAUCACAAUUGAGUGGCUUGGGUCUUAUCAGAAAUGUAGUGGGUCACUGUUUAAGUGGGCAAGGUGGAGGGUUUCUUUUCUUCGGUGAUGAUGUUCUACCCUCUUCUGGAAUUGCUUGGAGACCAAUAGAGCAAACAUCUUCGGAAAAGCACUACUCUUUGGGAUCAGCGGAGCUCUUGUUUGACGGGCAGGCCACAGGAGUUAAGGAUCUUCCAAUUAUUUUUGACAGUGGAAGUACCUUCAGUUACUUUAGUUCUGAAGCUUAUGAUAUUUUGGUGUCUUCGAUAAAGAAAAACAUAAAUGCAAAGCAGCUGACUGAUGCAGCGGACGACAAAAGCCUUCCUGUCUGCUGGAGUGGCUCCAAAUCCUUCAAAUCUGUUAAUGACGCUGCUAUCUACUUCAAGCCAGUAACACUGAGUUUCAUGAAAGCCAAGAAUGUUGAGCUCCAGCUUCUGCCCGAGGCCUAUCUUAUUCUUACUGAGCAUGGUAAUGUAUGCUUGGGCAUAUUGAAUGGUACAGAAGUUGGAUUAGGAAAUUAUAAUGUGAUUGGAGAUGUUUCUUUACUAGACAAAAUGGUGAUAUAUGAUAACGAGAAAAAACGCAUUGGAUGGCUUCCAGCAAACUGCAACAAGCUCCCCAUCGGUCGUGAUUAUGGUGAAGACUAUUAUGAUACAUACCCUACGAACUUGGGCAUAUACGGAGGGACAUGCCCAGCAAGGUCUGAUUCUUUGAAGCGGAAAGCCAGGAAGUAAGGCGACAAAAUGAGAAGCUAUGGCGGCUUUCAUGCCAUUUUGUGCAAAUGUGUAGAGUAACAAUUACAUAAUUGAUCAGUCACUGGGAGUACAAAUGUCUUACACUGAAAUGUUCCCUAUGACCUACACGGCUACACCAAAGAUAUCGGGUUUAUCCCAAUACAUAUUAUAGUACA